AUGGCUGAUGAUGCUUACGAGUUCCUAAGCCCAGAUUUACUUGCUCCACCCCCACCAAUCACUGGACCAGCUCCUGGAGGUCCGGCGAAUCCAGAAACUCCACCGGCGCCUGUCAAUGAACUUGCUCCUGUUUCAGCAGCUGAAAAAUUCGAAGUGCCACGUACCGCCGCCACGAAAGAUUCGAAAUCGAAGAGCAAAUCGAAAGAUUCGGAAGGAAAAGCGAAGGGAAAGGGCAAGAAAACACGAACAAAACGAUCGGGUCGUGGAUCGAAAUCACGUGAAUCGAGUGAACCACUUCCAUCUCUGAGUGCAUUCAAAUGGCAAAUGAUAUUCAGUGCUGUGCUUGUUUUCGCCUCGGUUGCACUCACUUUGAUGGUUCUUAUUGAUGGUUUAAUGUGA